AUGGCGUCGAACCCAACAGCGGAGACGGACCAGCCGGCCGCGACGACGGGCGACGAGUCGGAGCGCUCCUCGCUCCGCUCGACGCUGACGGCCGAGGUGUCGGCCGCCUCCUCCAAGGCGAUGAUGAGCAAGGUGGCCGAUUACCGGCGCAUGUCAGCCGUGCUGGAGACGCUAGCGACGGUCAGCAGCGCCGGGGUUUACCAGAAGGGCGAGGUCGCCGUGUCGGAGCAGCCUUCGGACGAGGCGGGCGCGGCGCCCCCACCGGAGCAACCGGCGAAGACCGGCGGCCACAAGCUCGAGGGGCGGAUUCUGGAUGGGGCGGGUCCCUUCCGCCGCGCCGCGUACCAGUUCGUCGAGUCACGGUUCUUCUCGACGUUCAUCCUGGUAGUGAUUCUCCUCAAUACCGUCACCCUGAUCCUCAAGUGCUUCAAGUACAUCAGCAUCAACUCGGGCAUCUCGAUGGUCAUCAUUGAGAACGUGUUCUUGGGGGUCUACCUGACGGAGGCGACGAUGAAGCUGAUCGCUUACAAGCACUACUACUUCUACACCUUUUGGAACUGUCUCGAUUUCUUCAUCAUCGUCAACAACUUGGCCGAGUUCGUGCUGCCUCUGCUGUUGGAAACCGGCGACAUCGGAGGCAUGGGUAUCCUCCGACUGUUCCGCAUCUUCAAGGCGAUCCGCGCCUUGCGCGCGCUACGCGUGCUUCGCACCAUCCGCUUCCUCAGCUCACUCAACGUUAUUUUGACCACCAUGUUCGAGUCCAUUCAAUCCAUCGGCUCCAUCGUGGUGCUGAUGGUGGUUGUCAUGUACAUGUUCUCCGUCAUGGGUAAGUCGCUGUUCGAGUCCACCGACAAAACUCGCUUCGGUAGUUUGUGGAAGACAUUCCUGACGCUCUUCCAGCUGCUCACACUCGACGACUGGUUCUUCAUCUACACCGACAACGGCUCGGACACGGCACUCUUCUUCUAUCUCUUCUUCUACAUCGUGGUCGAGUACUUCGUCUUCCUCAACCUCUUCGUGGCCGUCCUGCUGGACAACUUCCAGCUCACUCUAGAGAUCUCCACGCAGGAGCGCAAGCGAGCUCGCCACGCCACGCUCACGAGAGACAUGCACGACUCCGACAAGGAGGAGGAGGCUGAGACCGCCGACGGCGAGGCCCAGGGCACGCUGACGCGCAAGCCCGCCUCCGCCUACUACCACGAGCCGCGCGUGGCGGAGCGCAUGGAGCGUUACCUGCAGCUGCUGGCCUCGCUGGAGCUGCACCUGUACCAGUACCAGCGGCAACAGGCGCUCAUCAACCACCAGGUCGACCUCUGCAUGUUCGAGGAGGCGCAGGAGUAG